AUGACAGGUGACAACAAAGUUGAAAGAGCUUUGUUAGAUUUAGGGGCCAAUGUGAAUCUCUUGCCAUAUUCAGUUUAUGUCCAAUUGGGAUUAGGUGAGCUCAAACCCACUUCAGUAACACUUCAGCUGGCCGACAGAUUUGUAAAAUUCCCAAGAGGAAUCAUUGAAGAUGUUUUGAUCAAAGUUAAUCAGUUCUACUACCCGGUGGACUUCAUCGUCUUAAACACAGAACCGGUUAUAAAUGUAGAGAUUUAUAUUCCAGCAAUUUUGGGGCGGCCCUUUUUAGCCACAACUAAUGCCCUAAUCAACUGUAGGAUUGAAGUGAUGAAGGUAUCCUUUGGGAACAUGACCCUGGAGUUGAAUAUUUUUGAUAUCAGUCGGCAGCCAUUUGAAUAUGAAGGAGACAGGAGUGUUUGCAGCAUCGAGGAGUUAGUAGAGGAGACUGUCCAUGAAUCCAGUUGUGAAAACCCGUUGGGAAAAUGCCUUGCUGCAUGUGGAGGUGACAUGGACUUGGAUACUUUACUUGUGCACGUUGACGCCUUGUUGGACUCAGCUCCUAAGAUAGAAGCUGAUAUUGGGGAAACCACUGAGACAUCCUCCCCUGAUCCAUCUCCAUCUACUGCUAAGCCUGUCAAGCGAGAACUGAAACUGUUACCAGACACCUUGAAGUACAGAUAUCUUGACCUCAGUGAAUUUUUGCCGGUAAUCAUAGCUGCUGACCUAAAUGAGACUCAAGAACAAAAAUUGUUGGAUGUGUUGAAAGAACAUAAAGAAUCCAUCGGUUGGUCCAUUGGAGACAUAAAAGGAAUCAGCCCUAUAGUGGUGAUGCACAAGAUUCACUUGGAAGAAAAUGCUAAACCCUUUCGUGAGCCACAGAGAUGGUUGAAUCCAGCCAUGCAAGAGGUAGUUCGAGCUGAGGUAAUCAAGCUUCUAGAUGUAUGA